AAAUGAAGUCUUAUUCCAUCCACGCAACGGCCCCUAAAGAACAAAAGAUCCCUGACCAAAACUGCGCUCCAAAGCAAGAAUGCAUAAUGCUAAGAUAUGCUGAGAUGAUGAACGGCACCAAUGGGUGCAACGGUGAUGUUCAAAAACCUUCCAGCCCAAUUUCUCUCGGAUGCUGCGUCCUGGCAUCGAACUGUUGCAAACAUUUUGUGGCAUGGCGGACGGGAGCUGUCCGACUGGGCACCGAAUACGCUUUGAAGUCUCAACUUUGACGUGGUGGCCCAUGGGUUUUGCAAAACCAGGUGCUGCUGAGUCUAGAACCCAACAUUGAAUUGCAAACAUAUUGUUUGAAGAAAUGAGCCAAGAGAUCGGUCUGACAAGACAGGUAAGAUGGAGCUGAACCUAUUUGAACCUUCUAAGCAGACAUUUCUGAAAGCGACUUUUAUAUGCGAACAAGGCUGCUUCUGCUUCUCAGCAUCAUCAGUCUGCAAUUGGGGUGCUGCAAAGUAUUGUCGCUCCACCUCACCUCUCUGAUUCCCAAAAAUAGACAAUUGUUGACGGUAUGAAGAAGACACAAAAGACACAACACGUCCAAAGAUCGUCGAGAAAGAUACAGUUCCUCCGGUCUCGUGCCAGGUUAGCCGGGCACAUGAAAGCAAAGGGUUGGAUAACGCCUACCCUGAGAAGUUUCGGGGCAGUGUAUAUCUUCUGCAAAGACAUUUUGGCACCCUGCCCUCCCAAUGGAUUCGACCAUGUCAAGCACCUUUUCAAUGGUGUUACCAAAUCGUUUACCAGCAACCUUUGCUGCUGGCUCCAUUUGCGUAAGCAUGCGUAAGCCAUUUUUGCCAAUUGUUUUGAGCAAGUUUCCAGCAUUUGCCAAGGCUUAAAGUAAAUUGAAAAGAACUUCGCUCAUGAAACGCUGGCUCCUGCACGCCACCCUUGAUGUGACGUGCACGCGAGUCCUUUGCGUGGCUCGCGCUCUCACACCCAAGAGACAGGUAGGAUUCGGCAGGGGUAAAUUGUUGAACACAAAUAUGGUCCGAAUAAGCUCAGAGAGAUUGAAACAAUGCUCGGAACAUUCUGUACAUAGGGACUUCGGUCAUCUUCAGUCACCUCAUUUGCAAAGGCGCUGGCAAGCUACAGAGGGCUGCCAGUUCAGGUGCAUGGUGGCUUUGGUGGAAAGUUCCUUCCACAGGGACAUGACAUGGUUGUGAUUCUAUACAAAAAGGGUGCGGGGCAACCCACGUCUCCUUCAGCCUUGUAAGCCCCACGCAUCUGCCAAACGGAAAGGGAGGAGAGCACCACAUCAGCACAAUGGAGCUUGGCAGCCAUUGAAGUAUUCAAAUCUAAAUAGCCUAAGGAUGUUUAAGGUGCAAUGAAAAAUGAUUAAAAUAAGGCCGUAACUGCUUUUGACUGUAGUGCGCCGCUUCGUCAUGCCUGACUGAUCUCGCUGUAUGUUGCUUCUCCUUUUCUCCGAUUCUGGCAGGGCCCUGGGCGCUAGAGCAUGCUAGGGCACCGAGAUACAUACAACAUCAUACAACAUAUAGCAAUAUAUAGAUAUAUGUAGUACAAUAUACAACUAGAAUCAACUAUAGCUGGAUCAAAGAAUGUCAAAGAGUUGUAAAUGUAGGCUGUUCAUUGUUCGCUGCCAAAUUGAUUUGCUGUAGGAUCUUGCAGAUGUGCACCAUGGCUGCACCUGGACGAGCUUCUGGGCCGACUUCAUGGCCAUCUCCGCUGCAGAUGAAAGUCUGUCGCAAGUGCCAACUUGGCGCACAGGGUUUUGGGCAUAAACCGAAGUCCGGACAUGUUUUCUCCUGAAGAGUAGGAGCCAACGCAGGUUCUUGCUCGGACUGAUCAGGAGAUGGAUUUCCUUGCCAUCACCCUGUUCAAAACUCAAAAUGGGAAGGAUCAGCAUGCACUAGCAACCGGGUUCCCUUGGAACCUUGUACGACAUGCUUCAGUGGCAUUUUUCAUCUGAAGCGUCAAGCUGUCCAUAUGCCCAUUUCGUGGCUAUGGCCUUGCCAAGAACACAGCUUUUGUUGCAAGAACGCCCCCAUUCCCAACUAAAACAUGUACACUAUCUAGGUGGAGUUCACCGCACCAGUUUUCUACUCGACAAGGCUGACCAUUUGCAAGCCUGGGAGGACAAACUCUUGUUGCAUUCACUACGCUAGUGCGUUUUGCAACCUCGCAGCAGGCUUGCUCUUCCCUGUUUUGGACCAGAGGAAAAUAGCAGAAACAGGAACUUCGGCAGUCAAGACUGUCUGAAUACUGUCUGAAUUGCCGCCUGACUUGAGAUUGAAUGCAUGUAAAUGCUACAGGCUGGAAGCAGCUGCUGUUUGAGAAACAGGAAUGAAGCAACGUGUUCUGCCAACAAACGGAAGAUGAACGAAGAAAUGGUACUGGUGACGGCGGGGAAUUUUGCAGCUGCUUUGGUGAUCCGCGCAAAUCACCGGACUGUCAGGAGGCCAUGUCCUAUACUUCCAGCACUUGCCUCAGCAGCCUUACAUGCGGCUGCGAGGCGGUGCUCGCGAAGGGUUCACAUCAGCCGUUUCAUAAGCCAUCAUAAGCCAAAAGUGCCACAACAGGGCCCUUGUUACACGGGCGCCCCGCAAGAGUCGCUGGAUGACUAUCGCUUCCAGGAUGUUGACUUCGAUGCCUUUGACUGAAGGAGACUUUCUUUACCAGCUAGAUGCCACCCUCUUGACAGGUUUUUACCGGAUUUUGACUGCAUGGCUGUCUCAAGACCUGUACGUUUAGUCACUUUAGUCCCCCAUUCCCCAGGAAAAUCUUGGCCUUUGCUGGUUACAUCUGGUUACCAAUUAUAAGUGGAUUAAAUAGAUCACCUUAGAAUCUUAGAGAGGCAGAAGGCUAACAGCCCAUAACAGCCCUUGCUGUUUCACCUUUUGCAUCUUUUGCUCACUUCAAUAUACUUCGAUGGCCAUAAAAGCGGCCAUAUGCGGCCGUCAGCCAUCACCUUGUUGGCACCCAACCUGACUUGAAACCUUCGCCUAAAAAAGCUUGCGAAAAAAGAUCUUGAAGCAGAGAAGGUACUUAGGCGAGAAAAGGCUCUGCAAAUCUCUUCAACCUCAUAUCGAGCGCUUUGCCCAAGAAAAAAGGGCUUUGAUCAUACAGCAAUCUCAGACUUGAAAAUGUUGCACUUGUAUACACCCCUUCCAAAUUCCCGUCGAAGUGGAGGGAGAGAGCUUCAAGACGGACAUCCAUAGCACAGCAGAGCAGGUAUUCCAAAGUUGAUUGCUUUGUAGCCAUCCAAACUGAACAGAGAUUUGAUCGGAUUUGAUGCAUUUUGCAUCCGGCAUGCUGGAUGCAAGGCUCUGGCCUUGAUGGCCAAUGGAUAGAGAUGAGGAUGUCCGGGAUGACCUCUUGGAUCGUUAGACGCAGAAAGAA